CCGUAACGCGAGCACAUCCUCCGCGCCUACAGCUAGUUCACCCACAGUCACCUUCCGAAAAAAAAAAUAAAGCCCUCUUCGUUGACGAUCAGGACUAAUGUAUUUCAUUACUAGAAAACAUUUUUUUUCCAAUAAAAAUCAUUCAAAUUUCCAUAAUAUAAAUAUUUAGAUAACGUAGAGCCCAUGGACACUAUCAUACUUGUGAGUAUUGAAUAGAUUAUAAGUCUAUAUUUCAGUGCUUUUGGAAAAUAAACAAAAACCAAGUGUCAUUAAAUUUAACAAUCCACGAAGAAAGAGACAAAUAAAAUAAUCUUAGAACAAUAGUGCAUCUGGAAAAUACACUGUAGCAAAUUCGGAAUUCAACGCGUAGUGACUGACUGAAAAUGGGAAUCAAAGAAUUGAAAUAUUUAUAAUUCUCAAAUGUAAAACUCAUCGAGAGGUAAAAAUUUAAAACUUUUGCAUUGACAUUGAAGAUAACUGUGACUGAAAACUAUAAAUAAGAUAACGAGAAGAAAUGAUUUUGUACACUGACGUCGGAAAAGAUCUUGUGAGCAGAAGCACUGGUGUUACUGAUCCUAGAAAGUGAUACUGGAUAGUACUUGUGGAUAGUGUCGGUUCAUAGUGCCUGUGGGCAGUGCCUGUGGGUAUUUCCUGUGGGUAGCACCUGCGGGUACUGCCUGUGAGACUUACCUGUAAGAACCAGCGCGUCAAAAUAGCAGCAGCCUUCACCAUGGAUCCAGCCAAGAUCCUUCAAAUUAUCACUAAUAGCACCUGGAUGGUGACCAAACUGGUUGGCAGUGGACCUGUAGAGUUCGAGCAGACGGAAUACACUGUGGAGGUGUGGGAGAACGCCAACCCACAUCAACUCCUUCAUCUCACUGCCCGAGUCCAGCCACAAGGUGAGCCGGUAGAGUUCAGAAUCAAGGGAGGGAACGAGGAGGGACUCUUCUCCUUGGAUAGCACCAGCGGCCGCCUCUCUUACCUCCAGCCUCUGGAUUACGAGGAGCAGCAGCAGCACGAGUUGGUGGUGGAAGCUAAGGUCGGGGAGGCGACGAGUGAAACAAAGGUGGUGGUAAGAGUUCGGGACGUCAAUGAUCACGCUCCGGCGUUCCCCAGGGAAGUGCACGAGACCCAGAUCACUGAAGAGGACGACAGACACCUGCCCAAAACUAUUCUUACGGUGCGAGCCACGGACGAGGAUGCAGGGGAGUUCGGCCGUGUUCAUUACUCUGUGUCUGGCGACGGCAUCUACACGAACGGUUCCACUCCCAGCUUCGCUGUCAACCCGACCUCAGGAGCCAUCGAUCUUCUCAGGCCGCUAGAUAGGGACCCUCCCCACGGACAGUCCCGGUGGCACCUCCGGGUGGUCGCCACGGACGGAGAGCUCAACGCCACCACGGCCGUCCAUGUCAACCUCAAAGACAUCAACGACAACGCCCCCUACUUCCCUCAGUCCGUCGUCAACGCCACCAUCAGUGAAAACACUCCAGAAGGAGCGAGGGUGGCACAGGUGUCAGCCACAGAUAAUGACGACCCACGCGAGGGCCACAACGCUCGCCUUGUCUACUCCCUUGAGAAGAACGUUAUCGAUGAGGCAUCUGGGAGACCCAUCUUUGCUGUGGACAGCCAAGUGGGUCUCAUCACCACGGCGCUCUGCUGCCUCGACCGCGAGAAGACUCAACGCUAUGCCAUCCAGGUUGUAGCUACAGACGGCGGGGGCCUCAAAGGCACGGGGACGGUGCUAGUGGAGGUGGCAGACGUGAACGACGUGCCUCCGAGGUUUUCUAUGAAGGAGUGGAACCUGGACGUAGCGGAGAGUCUCACCCCAGACCACGCGCUUGCUACACUCACCGUCCUCGAUCAAGACACAUCCAACAACUUCACCUACAGGGUGGUGCCUGGCAGCGGACGCGGGUGGCACAUGUUUCGUGUUGACGAGCGACUUGGUGGCACUCUUGGGGGAGACCUGAGGGCUCUCGUUCCUCUAGACUACGAGAACCCUGAACACCGUCGGGGAUUCCGUUUCAAAGUUCAGGUUACCGAUAUGGGGGAAGAGGGCUGGAAACACAAGAACCACGUCGACGCUGCCUGGGUCAACCUUCAUCUUGUCGAUGCCAAUGAUAACACUCCCACCUUCAUCAGCGACCACGCCCACCUCACCCUGGGCGAGGACACGCCCCCUGGAACCCACCUCGCCACCUUCACCGCCCACGACAGUGACGGGGGAGGUGAGAAUCGGAUUCGGUACUCCGUGGACCCCGCCAGCGAUCCCGGGGGAAAGUUCGCGGUGGAUGGGUCUGGCUCGGUGCGGCUCGCGGGAGGUCUGGACCGCGAGACACACCAAACUCACAAUGUGCGAGUGUGGGCGGUGGACGAUGGAGUGCCACCCAGAACCGCUACUGCCACACUAAUGGUGAACGUAACAGACGUGAACGACAAUCCGCCGUUCCUGUCAGCGCCGCAGGAAGUGCAGGUGGAGGAGAACGCUCCCCCUCAGCUGCUGGCAAGGGUCAAGCUGGGUGACCCCGACGACUGGAGACAAGGUCAUGGGCCUCCCUUCUCCAUAGCGCUUGACCCUCACGCCCCAGCACACGUCUCAGACGCUGUCGACGUCCAGUUUGACAGACGAGGCGACGAAGGAAGAGGCGUGGGCGUGGUGUGGACCAGGGCGGCACUGGACAGGGAGGAGAGACGAGUGGUGUUGGUGCCACUGGUGGUGGGGGACGCUGGUUCUCCACCACUGUCUACUACCGUCACCCUCACCGUCCACGUCGCUGACCUCAACGACAACCCCAUGGCUCCGGCGGCUAAGACAACCACCGUCCACACUGUCCGGCCGCAGAAUACCCCGGUGCCCCUUGGUCGCGUAUACGUGAAGGACCCCGACGACUGGGACGCAGCAUCCAAGAUCUACGCCUGGAGACGACACCAUCCCAGCUUCUCUCUAAACACGACGACGGGGGAUCUCACCAUGAUGCCUGAUACCAGAGAUGGCAGGUAUGAGUUGGGAUUCACAGUGAGCGAUGCCAGCCAAGGUCAGUCAGGGGUCAUGGCCAACGUGUCAGUCGAGGUCAAAUCUCUGAGCCAGCGUGAUGUCAUCGAUGCCACGCCUCUCACUCUGGCUGCUGACCCCUACCACGUGGUCAGGGAGGAUGCUGAGGGAGGUACGUCCAUACUGACCCAGCUGGUGGUGGCGGCGCGGGCGUGGGUGAAGGGCAGCGAUGUGGGCGUGAAGGCUGUGUCAGUGCAGCCCCUAGAGACCACGCCCACGCCCUCCACCCGGGUAUGGCUCUCCUCCCCUGGGGUCCCAAACCUACAUCAUAUCCUCCUCCACCGUAAGGAUGAGCUUGGUCAUGCUGUGGGUGUAAGCAUAACGGAGGUAGGCGUAGGCCCAUGCCAGGAAGAGCAACAAGAGACGACACAGAUGCCUAGCUGCCUGGGAGGAUGCUCAGCGCAGGCUUCCCUUACUGGGGGUUUCACCGUUGUGGAUGCCAACACGUCGGCUGUGGUGGGGCCUUGGGUGGGUGUUCAUAGCGGCUGCGGCUGCAGCACAAGAACCCCUGCUGACCGCACUGUCUGUUCUGCAGAGACCUGUCUCAAUGGUGGCCGCUGCAUCCCUACCUCCACUGGUACCAGAUGUGUAUGUCCACACGGCACACAGGGUUCCAGGUGUAAGAUCCUAUCCAGACACUUCGAGGGCGGGGGAGGCGUGAAAGACAGCGGGGGCAGAGAAGACGACUCCGUGGGCGGGUGGGCGUGGGUGCCGUCCAUCCCGCCCUGUACUGAAGUCCACCUGAGCUUGGAGUUCCUCACGAAGUCCAGAGACGCUACGAUCCUGUAUUCAGGCCCCGACCACCUUCCACCGACCCCUGGCACACCCAGCGACGUGGUGGCACUCGAACUGAGAGGAGGUCGGCCGUCUCUUCUGUUGGAUUUGGGUGCUGGUCCUGCCACUCUCACUCUCAAUGCUUCAGACUCUCUCGCGGACCACACCUGGCACAGACUCGACCUUAUAUGGAGGAGUGAGCUGGUGGAACUGAUCGUGGACCUGUGUGCGGGCGGCACCCUCGACCUCCCGCCCAUUCCCUCCACUCGGCCCGCCCAUAACCACUCGGAUGCACCCACGCCCUCUCCGCCCAUCCCUCCCGAUCCGCAUACCUGCAGGGGCAGUGCCCGACUCCCGGCGGGGGCACACCUCCUAAAUACCCCACAUCCGCUACAGGUUGGAGGGCUGGCUCACCCUCCGCCCUCCCACACGGCUUAUGGGUGGCCGUCACCUCUACUGCCGCGGCCCUUCCUAGGCUGCAUCAGGAACCUCAGAAUAAACGGAGAGCUGAUUGACUUGGGACAGGAGGUUCUACAUCAGCGAAGUUCUCCAGGAUGUCCAGCUGUUGACUGUGCUGCUCGUGGCCUCACCUGUGGCAUCCACGGCAGGUGCCAGGGCUCAUCACGAAGCCUACGGUGCGAGUGUCAUCCUGGGUGGUCAGGAUCAGACUGUGCCACACCCACCACACCAACAACCUUUCUCCUCAACAGCUACGUCAAACUAGCACUCUCCUUUACCCCUCUCGCCUACACUACCACCGUCCACCUCAGAUUCCGCACUUGGAAACGUGACGGAGAGCUGGUGGUGUUGUGGUCGCAGCACGGGCGUGACCGCCUGGCCGUACAGCUGGUGCGAGGUCAGCUGUGUCUGCUGCUUCGUCUGCACCCGGAGCCUCCCAGAGCUCUCUGCCUCACCAGGGCCCAGCUGACAGACGGCAGAUGGCACUCCGUCUCUGCCGCCAGACACGGCUCAGCUACCUUCCUCAUGGCUGACGACGGUGAGGGCGACUUGUAUAAUGCUUCGCUGUCCAUGGACGGUCGUCAGCUGCUGGAGGUGGACAAGCAGGAGGGUGUCCACGUCGGGGGUUCUCCUGAGUACGUGGGAGUUAGCGUCUUCAAGAUCCACGGCGACUUCUACGACGGUUGUAUUGAUGACGUAAGGAUCUCCGGGCGGAGUGCGCCGCUGCCUCCGGCCAUCAACGGCACGGCGUGGGGGCAGGCCAGCAUGUUCAAGGGCGUGGAGGGAGGGUGCCGUGCGCCCCCCGCCUGCACCAACGUCACCUGCAGAGCUCCCCUCACCUGCGUCGACACCUGGAGGUCCUACCACUGCGGAUGUGGGGAGGGACGAGUGUUAUCCGCCAGCCGCACCACUUGUGAGGAUGAGGACGAGUGUGUGUGGGAACCAUGCCUCAACGGCGGCACCUGCUUCAACAAGCCCUCAGCAGGAUACAUGUGCGCGUGUCCUAAUGGAUUCAGUGGACAACACUGCCACCUGCCUGACGUGGGAGACACCUCCCUCAAACUAUCCCUGGGUGCUCUGGUCGCCAUCGUCGUCUGGUGCACCUUCCUCUUCCUGCUGAUCUGCGCCUUCCUGCUACACCAGCAUCACAGGAGGUCGAGCCUGCGCCGCGGCAUGGCUGACGGUAAGGACAGUACCAUGAACGGCAAGGACCAGGCUUCAACUCCGUGUAACCACACUCCCAACCUGCUAGAGCUGAAGCUGCUUAAGCCGCCCAAGGCCAACGGGCAGCCAGCGUGGACCAAGAACCCCAAUAUUGCAGACGUGGACGUCCUGCAGGUGGAUGCCGCCUCCGUCACCAGCAGCUUGGAGGACCAGAGACGUGGAGGAGGUUCGGUAUCCGGGGUGGAGGCCAAGCGAGGAGGGGCCAAGAAUGGGGGGAAGAAGAGCGGAGGGAGCAGGGGAGGGAACGUGUCUAACCCUCCGGCUGGGGACGACCUAAGAAAUUACGCCUACGAAGGGGAGGGUUCCUCCCCAGGAUCACUCUCUUCAUGUGAGUCACAGCAAGAGACGGAAGGUUGAAGGACGCUGAGGGUA